UCCAACCGACUUGUCAGCGUUCCGACGCUCCGCAAGCCCGCGAAUACAUUCGCUUCCCCCUCUCUCUCUCGCCAGUGCCAGCUAGGGAAGUUGAAGCAACAGGACGAAGCCCAAACGGAGACUGUCCGUACGAACUGUCCGCGCGAAUCUUCUCCUUUCCGAAUCUUGGUCGUGCAACCGUUAUAUUAUCGAUAACAAACGAUACUUUACAUCGUUCGGUACGAAGAAAACGGUGACAACUAGACGAAAGUGAUUAAAGUUAAGAGACCAGAGGAUAGGUUAGGGAAUUCAACGACGGUAGGGUGACGAGUUUCGAGCUAGUAACUUUCGAUUAUCGAUAGCUAUCGAUUUAGUGAAUCGAGCGGGCGUCAGUUCCGUUGCAGUGUAACGGUCCGUUUCGGAGCAUCGUGGACAUUGUUGAAAGUUAAGAAGUAAUUCGGUGUAUAGUUGAGAAAUAAUAUCGGUGCGACGCGUUAGAGGAACAACAAUCGCGGAGUAAUAACACGGGGUAGAAAAAAAUCGUCGGUAACUUUCUGCCCUUGCGAGUUGUGAACAGAGAACAGCGAACAAAAGUAAGAAAUCUUCGCAGAAAUUUUCGACGCUAAGAAUUCGCCGAACUGAUAAACAAAAAGGUGUUUUUACUUUCUGUGCGUCUGUUCCCUCGUGUAAAUGUUGUCGAACAACAUCGUUGGAAUGGGAAACUCGCGGAAUUCGACAUUCUCGUUCUGUUUGUCUCUCUGAAUCUCGGCCCGCUGUCCGUCGUGAGUGCGACAAGGAAAGAGCGACGGGAGAAGCGCGAAACAGAUACAGGUCGACGCACCUGUUUCGCUUUCGAUCUCAAGUUCGACGCCAGUGCCUCGUCUUCUGGGCAGCUGGAACAGUGUCGUCGAAACGGUAAUUAAACUGAAGUGAUGUGAACACAGUUCCGGAGUGAUAUACUCGACGAAGUUUCCCCCGACAAGAUAACCAUGCAAGGAUCGACGAUCGAUCGAGAGGCAAAGAAAUCCAGCGGAAACUGUCGUCCUCCUGCUCGCUGUGCUUCGACGAGAACGUCGCGUGUUACACUUCGUAUUGACACAAUUUCUACCUGAAAGACCGAUGUAACUGCAAAAUAGGAACUCUCCCGAAGACGACGUAAAACGUUUCAGAGCCACGAUCCAUCGAAUUCGACCAAAGGCGAAGAGAUAAAGUCACCGCAAUAGUGCAAAGUGUCGUUCGAAAUGCGGAAAUUAAUGUCGUUGUUUCUGUAAACGCCGCGUUCGAUUUUUCUCUUUUUUCUUUUCCUCUUUGAACCGCGAAGAUUAUUGUUUGGAAUAUCGGUCGUGACGAGCCGAAGGGAUCCGAUGCUCGUGUGAUAUUCAUGCGGAUCGAUCGAGGCCUGCAUUAUCAUGUAAAACGACGGUCGGACAUGUAAAUUUGGCGAGCCGGCGAGCCGAACGAAGGAGAACGUUCCGCGCGAUUGGCCCUUAUCAUGGAGCAGAAGCGAACAAGCACGAUCGAUUAGACGCGGGAUCCUCGCGUUCAAGGGGUUUCGACAACGCCGAAAAAUGUCAAUCGACUGUCACGAGUUAUGGAUGUGGGAGAGCUGGAUCGUGCGAGGCUAAGGCUAACGUAGGGGGUGGCAGCGGGAGGUCGUGGAAUCGGUCGGAGAUUCCCAUGCACGGCCAGAGACUGCCUGGAAUCCCAUGGUCGAGAGGAGAGAAGGAGCAUGACGUAGCCGUGGACAAGGGGGGCGCUUCGGAUGCUCCAGACUGCCGAUUAGGCUCGUAUGGAGGGGAAGGACGCAAUCACCACGGAAGGCACCCUGCUUCUCAACCUGACCACUAUUGCCACACGAGACGCCGACGGCUCCCUCCGUGGAUUCCCCGGCAAAAAUUCGCCAUACACGGUCACGCAGGCAAUACUAAUCGCGUUGGUGCUCGGCAGCAUCAUUGUCGGGACUGUGAUCGGGAACAUUCUGGUCUGCGUAGCCGUGUUCCUCGUUAGGAAGCUGCGAAGGCCCUGCAACUAUCUGCUGGUUAGCCUCGCAGUUAGCGAUCUGUGCGUCGCUCUUCUGGUAAUGCCGAUGGCGUUGCUCUACGAGAUCUCUGGUAAUUGGUCCUUCGGUGCAAUUAUGUGCGACCUUUGGGUUAGCUUCGACGUGCUUAGCUGCACGGCCAGCAUCCUGAAUCUCUGUAUGAUCUCCGUGGACCGGUUCUGUGCCAUAACCAAACCGCUGAAGUACGGGGUGAAAAGGACACCGCGACGUAUGAUCGUUUACGUGAGUCUCGUUUGGUUGGGAGCGGCUUGCAUCAGUCUGCCACCGUUGUUGAUCAUGGGCAACGAGCAUACUUACUCCGAGACCGGUCCGUCUCACUGCGUCGUCUGCCAGAAUUUCUUCUAUCAGAUCUACGCCACACUCGGAAGCUUCUACAUACCUCUGUUCGUGAUGAUUCAAGUGUAUUACAAAAUAUUCUGCGCUGCGCGCAGGAUAGUGCUCGAGGAACGAAGAGCGCAGAGCCACUUGGAGGCGCACUGCUAUCUCGACAUAGAGCCGACGGUUCAGCAGCAUCAGCCGGCAGCCGUGAAUCGUCAAUUAAAUUCCGACGUGCAGGGUGGCCAUGGGAGUCCGCCUGCGAAGCAGCAUCGAAGUUCCAGCGCCUCGACUACUAUGAGGAAGGCAGUGAGUGUCGAGACAUCAGAAAGAGCAGAGUGAGUGUCGAGAUGUCAGAGAGAGCAGAGUGAGCGAG